AAAGGAUUUACGCGACCCGCGCUCGACACUACAGUUUUACUCUCUGCUGUAUCGGGUUUGCGGCAUAGUAUGGUAGUAGAGACGUUUUGCUGUUAGUCCACUCAUGCUGCAACGAAUUGCUUUGGGCGCAAGCCUGCGCUGUGGCCGAUUCGCGGCCGCGAGCUGCUCUCGGGUUUCUUUCGGAGCUCGUCGUUCUCAAGAUUUCACCUCGAUAUGGCAACCCACGAUGCUCUCCUUGCGGUCGGGGUAUCACGCCUCAGCUAUGCGACGUCAAGUAGCCGAGACAGAAGUCAAGAGCACUACCGCAGGUUCCGAUAAUCCGCCAACGUCGAGAAUGCCUCGGACAACGACAAAGCAGUCGCUUCGGAGAAUCGCGCCGUCGCGGAUCCUACCCCACUCGCAUCAAGCACUCGUGGCCGACAAGUCAUGCGUGGCCUUGACCGUCGCGGACUUGUACGAUCUGCCGCGAGCGAUCGAGAUCUUCCAUCAAAUGGGCCAUCUGCAGGCCGAGAUCCUACUUCCGCACGAAGCGGCCUAUUGCGCAUACCCGCUCCCGAACGGGCAAAAGGCGGAUACGUUUGUUCUCAGCAACGGCUCGAUAGUCACGUUUGGAAUGCCGGAGUUGAGCACGAUCCAGCUCGCGGACGAGUUGCGGGCGGCGGAGAUUAGACCGUACGCCGUGCGAGAGUCGGAGGAUAUGGACUACGUCGAACUUCCGCUCGAGGACGGGCAAGACGAAGAGCUAGCGAACGGGAAGGAAAAGGAGUACUAUAACAUCAAAAAACGGAGCUACAUGUACGGAGACGUGAUUGUCAUCUGUGGCCAGGACCGACUACUCGACAAAGUCGCCUUUGCGUCCGGCCUCGCGCGGUCGACGAAGCUGGCGGUGAUCGAAGAGAGUCUUGAGAAAUACCUCGAGAGCGUGCGCGACAUCACCGACAGACUCGCGACCGGCCGCAAACUGCCCGUGCACGACGGCCGCGAGGUGCUCAAAAAGACAGGCGAGCUGCUCGCGCUCCGGGGAAACCUCAACCUGUACUCCGAGCUCACGGAGACGCCGGAUCUGUACUGGUCCGAGCCCGAGCUCGAGACGAUCUACCGCGUGAUUUCAAAGAACCUGGAUAUCGCGCCUCGGAUCGCGAUCUUGAAUAAGAAACUCGAUUAUGUCUCGGAAGUGGUCUCGAUCUUGAAGGCGCAUCUUUCGGAGGAGAAGGGUGUGCGGUUGGAGUGGAUGAUCAUCGUGCUGAUUAUGGUUGAGGUUUGCUUCGAGACUGUGCAUUUUGUUGCUCGGUACGUUGAGUUUCCGUCAAAGGAGGAGGAUUCUGAGGUUAAGAAGAGUGUUGUGCAGGAGUAGGGAUCUGGCAUUGAUUUAGCGUUUCGUUUGUAAAUAUUUUGUAGAUAGCUGAUUUGAUAUGUGGUAAUAAAAGAGCCUGUU